AGGUGGAUAUUUUAAAAUUUUCACUAUUCUCCGAAAGCUAGUAUAAGUAUUUAUUUAUUUAUAAUCCCUACAUAUAAUGCGAUAGUUUGUUCAUAUUAUAUGUGGAAAGGUAUAUUAUAGGUGUUUUAAAGCUAAUACCGAUGUCGCUUGAAGAUGAGAAUUUGGUGUGGAUUAAGGUGGAACCUGGUUCGGGGGAGCUCGAGGGUGCCCGGGCCAUGUACACGGACCAUGAAACAGAGAAACCGGACCCACUGAUCGGCCAUUUAGAUGAGAUAAAGCUUGCUGAGGUUGAUUGGACAAUCGAGGACAGCAAGUUUGACGAGUGUGUUGCGGGUCGCGGCUUGUACGUAGACCAAAUUGUUAAAGAGGAGAUUGUGCUGGGCCCUGAGGUGAUAGAGCAGCCUAAACUAGCCUUACCUUACCCAGCACCAUCUUCAUUACCUACAGAAGAAAAACUUGAUCUGUUUUCAGAAUACAGUGCAGUAACAAGCCCCAUAGUGCCGAUUUGGCCUAAAUCCUAUAGUGAAGAGACAUCUUACAAAUGUCAUGCAUGUCGGAAAAUAUUUCACCUAGAAGAGAGUUUAAAUAGGCAUAUUUUUGCAGUUCAUGCUAAACAUGAAGUUCCCAAAAUGAAAAAAAUGCACAUUUGCAAGUUUUGUUGCCAAAUUUUUCUAUCUAAAAAUGAUUUGACUGAACAUUUGAUGAUUCACUUUAGAACUUCCAAGAGCCUAAAGAAAAAUGAUUUUAUUAACAAAAAACAUACAAAACAAAACACAAGACAAGACAAAAUCAUUUCAGUUAACACAUUCACUGCCAGCAACACAUAUAUGCGUUCACCGUCAUACAAUAUCACGCCCCCUGGCAGUGAAUGCACAGAAAACAAAGAUUGUGACCCACCCAAUGAGCCAUACACAUGUCACGCAUGUUAUAAAAGUUUUGUCCUAGAAAUGUGCUUUAAUAAGCAUAUGUUAGAUAAUCAUGCGGAACCUAGAUUUCAAAAAGAACUCACUAUUGUACAAGCUCUACCUGAAUCACAAGGUAAACCACCGUACCAUUGUCAAAAAUGUUGUAAAACAUUUGACUCGGUAGAGAGCCUCACAAGGCAUAGGUUUGCUAUCCACACAAAACGUGAACCCGAAACACACGAAAUUCAUCAAUCAAGUUCAACCACGGUGGUAACUAGUGGGAAUAACCCAAUGCGUCCUUGUUAUUUUUGCUAUCAAUGGUUUGAAGAUAAAGAUGAUUUAAUGAAACAUAUGGAAUUUCACAUAGAAUUUGCCAGUGAGAUGAACGAUUGAUUUAAUAAGAUAUUUACAGAGAAAUCAGACUUGAAUAAACAUAACUUGGUACACACAAUGUACUGACACAGUUUAGUCGAGAACCUAAUAAGUAAUAACUAAUAACUUCUAUUCAACGAAUAAUUGCAACAAAUCAAUCUAUCUAUGUUUGUUGUCAAUCGAAAGUGCCGAUUAACCUUUAGGCAGAGCAGGCAAUUGCCUAGGGGCCACGCACCGGCUAUGAGCCCCCUGCACCGACUAGGGGAACCACGCGAAGUGUU